AGUAGUGUUUACUAUCUUGCGGGAAUCGUUGAUCUCUGAAGAAAGAAACUGAAAGGUGUUAUCUAUGACUCCAGGUCUAGUCAAGUUGUUUUGACUAACAAAUCUGCAGAGUUUAUCUUCUUAUUGACUUGUUCUGCUUCCGUUAAUUUACUGUAGAUACUUACAACUUUAUAAUAAUCUUAACUGGCUGUUGUUAUAACGUAGAAGAUGAAGGUAAUAACUCCAGAGAUAUCAUGGCAUGAAAGAGAACCUAUCUACAGUGUUGAUUUUCAACCUGGUAAUCAUAAAAUGUGCAGAUUAGCAAGUGGUGGAGUUGAUAAGACAGUCAGAAUCUGGAGUUUAACAGUAGGUACAGAUGGAAAAGGGCAAUUAGAAUUUUUAUGUAAUUUACGAAGACACACUAGAGCUGUAAAUUGUUGUCGUUUCUCUCCCAGUGGAGAUUUAUUAGCCACAGCAGGUGAUGAUGGAGUAAUUAUAUUAUGGAAAUUAAGUGACACACCUACACCUGUUAAUAAUAUAUUUCAAGAUGAAGAUGAAGAUAACAAAGAAACAUGGGUUACUCAGAAAGUACUUAGAGGCCAUAUAGAGGAUGUGUAUGAUUUAUCUUGGUCUGCUGAUGGUAAAUAUCUAGCAUCUGGUUCUGUCGAUAAUAGUGCUAUAGUAUGGGAGGUUGCUAAAGAUUCUAAAGUUGCUAUAUUUAAUGAACAUAAGAGUUUUGUUCAAGGUGUUGCAAUGGAUCCAUUAAAUGAAUUAGUUGCUACUCUCAGUACUGAUAGAUCUUGUCGUAUAUUUAACCUGAACAGUAAAAACUGUAUGCACAACAUAGCCAAGAUGUCGUUACCAAAUAAUUCACCUGCAGAGGAAAAUAAAGAUAAUAAACCAAAGUCUUUUCGUAUAUUUCAUGAUGACACAAUGAGAUCAUUUUUUCGUAGAUUAAGUUUUACACCUGAUGGUCAGUUGUUAAUUACACCAGCUGGUUGUAUAGAAAGAGGAGAGAAAGUCAUAAACUCUACACAUAUCUUUAGUCGAGCUGCAUUUUCCAAACCAGCAGUUUAUUUACCAAGUAAAGAGAAGAGUACUAUAGCAGUUAGAGUUUGUCCACUCUUGUUUCAAUUACGAAAGAUUGGAGCAAAAUUAGUAGAAGGUAUGUACAAAAAUAGAGUUAUCUACCUUCUUUCAAGUUGUCUGCAUGUCUGCCAAUAG